GGGUCUUGUACCACGCGAAUCCAACCCAAGGCGCCACGUUCAGAUUUCUUUCAAUGGCCAAUCAUUUUUGAUGCCUUGAUUGCAGAUAUUCUCCAUCAAAUGCAUCAUUUUUUGCUUUAAACUUACUGUAUGUUUGCAUGUAUUCCACCAGCUCUCAAUUCAAUUGAUUUUCCUUUUCCUUCUUUCUUUGUGGCAUUCCUGGCGCAAUUUUCAUUAUGUUUAAUUAAUUCAUUUUCUCUCUUUUUUUUUUUUUUUUUUCGAAUUUUCCCUGGUGGAUUUCGCACAUUAAAUAUGGCUCCAAUAAUACUUCCCAGUUUAUCCUCCCAUCUCUUCCCCACAAAAGUCACAAAUUCUACAUCCUUCACCAAGAAACCCUUCUCCCAAUCUUUUGAUACAUUACCUACCUCGCUAUCAUCUUCCUCUUCCUCAAUCUCUCUCUCAAAAUCUCCAAUUCCGACUGUACUUCCCUACCUGUUCCACGGGAAAUUCUCCACCGUCAUAGUUAAGGCACCUACCACCACCUAUACCCCCUACAUCGAACUCAACAACAAUGGAAUUGCCUCUGAGCCUACUGCACUUCCCGACUCGACCCCUGUUAGCAAUUCAUUCGCUGUGGAGACGCAGGCACCGAAACCAAAUAAUGCCGGGAGGGAUGUUGGGAUAGUUAUUGUUGUAGGGUGGUGAUAUUAGGACUGGUGGCGGGUAUAUAUGAUGCGGGCACAACAAAGCCAGAGGAAGGAGGGAAGGGAAA